ACAUACACAUUAUAAAGAGUAUAGUUGGUCAAACACAAGCAGUCAACCUACACUUUCGCCUAGUUAGGUGUAGAUACUAAUUAAUUAACUGGAAAAUUUGAAUUCAGGUCAAAUCUGGUCAAAUCCAAUCAAAUCUAGAUUCAAAUCUUGUCAAACCCAGUCAAAUCUGGUCGAAUCCAGUCAAAUAUGGUCAAACCCAAAUCCAACUCCAAUCAAUUCCAAUCAAAUCCAAAUCCAAAUCUUGUCAAACCCAGUCAAAUCCAAAUCUAGAAUUGGAUUUGGAUUUCACUGGAAUUGGAUUUGGUGCAUACCUAGUAUGA